ACGUCUUCGUCCACAUUGUCCAAUCAAACCUUUACCUUCCCACCCCACUACUCCUUCCCCCCCUUCUUCACCCUGCAACCCGUAGCCAGCACGCGCAGCUCCCAACUCGCCUCGUGGUCGACGCUGAUUCAAACCUACUGCCGGCACCACCGCAUCUUCACCCUCUCCCUCAUCGACGCCCUGCCCACGCCCUUAUUCACAAACGCCACUCUCGGCCGCAGCCUCUCGCUGCGCGACGCAAAAGCCAUCCUCACGUACAUGGCCUCGGCCGAAGGCGGGAAUCGCGCGGAAUUCAUAACAUCUGGCAGCAAGAAGAGCUCCAAAGUAGAAGAGGGAGAAGGGGGGAAAGUAUGGGUGUACUGGCGUAGGCCCGAGGAGUGGGCGACGGCGAUUGAGGAGUGGGUGGAGAGGACGGGGCAGAAGGGGACGGUGCUGACGCUUUAUGAGAUUGUCGAGGGGGAUGCGGUGGGGAAGGAGGAGUUUGGUGGGAUGGAUAUGGACUUGUUGCAGAAGAGUCUGGGGGUUUGUGUUAAGAGGGGGAAGGCGCAGGUGUUUGGGAGUGGGGGGGAGGGAGAGGGUGUGAAGUUUUUUUGA